ACUUUUUGAAAAUGGCGACAUCUUUAGGAGCUAAUAUUUACAACAGACAAAAUUGGGAAGACGCGGAUUUUCCUAUUCUCUGCCAGACAUGUCUUGGAGAGAAUCCUUAUAUUCGAAUGACCAAGGAGAAAUAUGGCAAGGAGUGCAAGAUAUGUGCCAGGCCCUUCACAGUGUUCCGAUGGUGUCCUGGGACCCGCAUGCGAUUCAAAAAGACAGAGGUGUGCCAGACUUGCAGUAAGAUGAAGAAUGUCUGUCAGACGUGCCUGCUGGAUCUAGAGUAUGGCUUGCCAAUACAGGUCCGAGACACUGGGCUGUCAAUCAAGGACGACGUGCCAAAAUCUGAUGUGAACAAGGAAUACUACACUCAGAACAUGGAAAGAGAGAUAGGGAACUCUGAUGGUACACGGCCAGUGGGUCUCCUGGGUAAGGCCCCCAGCUCGAGUGACAUGCUGCUGAAGCUAGCCCGCACCACGCCUUACUACAAGAGGAACAGACCACACAUCUGCUCCUUCUGGGUGAAGGGAGAAUGUAAGAGAGGAGAAGAGUGUCCCUACAGGCAUGAGAAGCCAACUGAUCCUGACGAUCCCCUGGCAGACCAGAACAUUAAGGACCGUUACUAUGGUAUCAAUGACCCUGUGGCUGACAAGCUGCUGAAGAGGGCCUCCACCAUGCCUAGACUGGAUACGCCAGAGGACAAGUCCAUCACUACGCUGUAUGUGGGGGGGCUCGGAGACUCCAUCACUGACUCAGAGCUCAGGAACCAUUUCUACCAGUUUGGGGAGAUCCGGACCACCACCAUCGUUCAGAGGCAGCAGUGUGCCUUCAUCCAGUUUGCCACCCGUCAGGCUGCAGAGUUGGCUGCUGAGAAAUCCUUCAACAAGCUCAUUAUCAAAGGUCGCAGACUCAACGUCAAGUGGGGCAGGUCCCAGGGAGCGCGGGGGAAGGAGGGAAGGGAGAGGGAAGGGGUGACUGAGAUGGGGAUGAAGUUGGAGCCGGUACCUGGACUGCCUGGAGCACUACCUCCGCCACCUAUGGAUGAAGACGCCCCUACCAACUAUUUCAACCUGGGCCCUAACUCAGCCCCUCCUGUCAUGAACAUCAGUCUACCCCCACCCCCCGGCGUGGCUAUGCCCCCUCCAGGCUUUGGCCCACCUAUGUUCCACUCGAUGGACCCCAUGGCGAUACCCCAUCCCAUUGGGAUGAGGCCUCCUGGCCAUGUCCACUACCCCUCCCAGGAUCCACAGCGCAUGGGUGCACACGCCAGUCGUCACGGAGGCUCCUAGGCCCUACUGGUUGUAGUGAUUGCUGUUAUUAAUGACAUUUUGAUUUAGUCUUAUACCAAUUCCUUACCAAAUGACCAAUUCCACCCUAUAAACAAACCAUGCACAGUGACAGUAGACAUGUUUCACCGAUGUGAGAUCCGUGUUCUAAGCGUUAUAGAGGAUGACCUCUGUUUGUGCACCCAGCAAGGUCUCGCUGGUUAGGAAAAGUGAGUUCUGAACAGUGUAAUUUUUAAUGGUUCCUUAAACCUUCCCCCAUUUGAACCUAUGUUCUAACUAAGGGUUGGAACCGGUUCAGGGAGCAGAACCAAAAAUAAAUUAUUUGAGGAAAAGAACCCCAAACUUGAAACCGUGAUCUGUAGUGGUCCGGAACAGUCCACAAACAUCGCAACGAAGCACCUAUGCAAAGCCCUCUCUGUCACUCAAACUUAUUCCAGCGUCUGCCUUCCAGGUGGAAAUCUUUGCCAGUGGGUGUGUGUGUUGGCUACUUGCCCCUCCCCUCUGAAGCAUAGGUUACUGUAGUCUACUGACGACAUUACACGCAUCAUUCAGAAAUUAGGAAGAGAUGUUUAUUUAAAGAAUGAAUUUACUUUUUCAAUGAUAGUUAAGGAUACUAUUGUUUUCACACCUCACAUUGGAUUUAUUAACUACAAAAAGGUAAGAUGUGUUUUUCAUUCUUGUUCUGCUCUGCACACACAUUAGCUUGUUGGCUAAUGUUUGAUAUGGUCCAACAUUAAACCAACUCGGAAGUUCAUUGACAUUCAAAGUUUCUUCAUAGAAGCCAUUCCUCCGUAGGUAUAAUUCUUUUGGCCCAAUUCAGAUAAUGCAUGUCAUAACAAGAUGCCCAGGGCUUCAAGGCAAGCUUCCUUCCUUCCUCCUCUCUCUCUCCUCACCCUCAAAUUUUCUGUUGCAUUUCACGCCAUGCACACAGUGUGUGUGUUUGUCUUUCAUUAUGAUUAAACCGUGCUGUUACGGCAAAACACUAUUUGCGCUUAACAACUUUCCUAUACAGAUUAAGUCACUUACUCGCUCCACAGCAAGCUGCUCUAUCUGCACUGAUUGGUGAAGAAAUUAAAUGUUGAGCUAAAUGUAAACAAAAAUGUAUAUUUCAGAGGUUUAAAAAGGAAUAUGAAGGAGCUAUAUGUUGGAACCGGUUCAGCACUUUAUUUUGCUGGUCAGAACAGUGAAACGGGAUGAAAAAAAUAAUGGUUCUGUUCAAAAAUGAAACGAUUGUAAAAUUAUUUAUAUUCCAACCCUUGGUUCUAACUCUGAUGGCUUGUAGAUUUGAAAGGAGGGAGGUUUAUGUUUGCAAAAUGUGCAUAUUGUACAAAACAUUUCUUAUACAAGAAAAUUUCAAACUAUUUCCCUCUGUACAAAAUUAUUCUGUAUAUCAUGAUUUUGUGCAGAAUUGUCAGAUGUUAAAGAUGGAGUCCUCAUUAGGGCAAACAGCUCAUUUUAUUUAUUUUGUUGUUGUUGAUGAAAUGGAGGUGAGCACCGUGGGAAUUCUUUUUAUGCAGUACAUAUUCUGCUCUAUCGUGUGUGCAACAGUGUCAAAGGGGGGGAGUAUUCAUUGUUUGCUGUAUUUUUUGUUGUUGUAAUAUCCCAAACGGACAUGGCAACUUCAUCAAGUAUUACAAUUUUAACUGUCUUCAGAAAUUCCAAUUAUUGGCACUAUUAUCUGAAGAUUGCUGAAGUUGUCCAUGUCUGUAGAAUUGUAAAUGUCUAUGUUUUAAUAGAACUGUGAAGUGUGGUUGUCACAUUUUAGCUUCAUGAAUAUUAUCCUUUCAUUUGAAAAGUUAUGUACAUAGUUUACCAAGUUCUGUCCUUGAUAAAUAAUUACCUGGUUUAAGGCA